AUGCCUACUAAAGCCAUAGCAUCGAAUCAUGUUGUUUUAGAUCACAAAUACACUCACGCCACCAUCGUCUAUUCUACAGACACAGGAAAGAUUGUCGAGAUAUAUCGAGAAAUAAUACCCAGUCGUAGUGACCCGAGACUAUCCCGUUUUAAUGUCCAAGAAUAUAUCAUAGUAUCUCCAUAUACAAUAAUUCCUGGGUUAGUCGACUCACACGUGCAUCUGAAUGAGCCUGGGCGGACUGAAUGGGAAGGGUUUGCCAGUGGUACCCAAGCGGCAGCAGCAGGGGGCGUCACUACGGUUGUCGAUAUGCCUCUAAAUGCUAUCCCUCCCACAACCACAAUCGAGAACCUAGGCAUCAAGCUCGCCGCUGCUCAAAAUCAACUGUGGUGCGAUGUAGCUUUCUGGGGUGGAUUGGUUCCUAGCAAUCUUGAGGAUCUCGUCCCUUUAGUUAGAGCUGGUGUUCGCGGUUUCAAAGGAUUUUUGAUAGACUCAGGUGUUGACGAAUUCCCGAUGGUUACUGAAAGAUAUAUAAGGGAUGCGUUGAGACUUUUGGCCGGUGAAAAAACAAUGCUUAUGUUCCAUGCGGAACUUCAGACUUCAGAAUACGACCAUACCGUGGUGGAUUGUAUUAAUCACGAAGAUACCCUAAAAUCAAUCAAAUCGUUGGAUGGUACGGAGGAUCUGACUCAUGAUCAAAUGGAUGCACUAGCUCUUUCUCAUGUUUUAUCUCCAGCUGAACCGCGACACGGAGGGCCUUCUCAAAUUGUUCACAAUGAUGAUCUAAUUACUCCCCCAUUGGAUGCUGCUGCUAAACUGGAUGAAAAUUUAACGAAUAUAGAUCCCACACAAUAUUCUUCCUUUUUGUUAUCCAGACCAGAUAAAUUUGAAACGAAUGCAAUUAGUCUUAUCAUAUCAUGUUUAAAAAGCGCUGUUGAAAAAUACAAAGACGUCCCACCAGUUCAUAUCGUCCAUUUAGCUUCUCAAGAAGCAAUACCAAUUGUUGCUACAGCAAAAAACGUGCUCAAUUUACCCAUUACUGCAGAAACCUGUUUCCAUUAUCUGACCUUCGCAGCCGAAAACAUUCCAGCUUCAAGCACUUACUUUAAAUGUUGUCCUCCCAUUCGUACGGAGGAGAAUAGACGUGCCCUUUGGAAAGCCCUAAGAGAAGGUGUUAUAACCACUGUUGUGAGUGAUCAUUCUCCGUGCACUCCUGAGUUGAAAAACUUGGCAAAGGGAGACUUUUUUAGCGCAUGGGGUGGAAUUUCAUCAGUUGGCUUGGGAUUGUCUAUUUUAUUGACAGAGGGAAGUAAAAUGAAUCCUCCAGUGUCUCUCAUCGAUAUCGUACGGUGGUGCUGUGAGAAUACAGCAAUUCAGGUGGGGCUGCAAGAUAGAAAAGGCUUUUUGAAGGUCGGCCAUGAUGCUGACUUUGUUAUUCUUGAUGAGCAUCAAACACAAAAGAUUAAGAACAGGCAGGUUUUUUUCAAGAACAAAUUGACAGCUUACGAUGGCUUGGAGUUAAAGGGUUGUGUCUUAGCAACUUUUCUCAGAGGGCAAGAAGCUUUCCGUUGGGAAGACGGCCAUUCAAAAUCUCCUUUGGGGAUCCCACUCUUGAAGCCCCGUAACUGUUAA